UGUAGGCGGACGACUGGGCGUUGGUUGCUCCGACAACUGCAGAAGCUCAUCAGCAAACUGCUCGAAAAGCGACUCCGAUCCUGUUUCUAUCACCACGGAAACAUUUUUACAAACACCCGGUUUCUGAAAAAGUCUCGACAGUAUCUGGCUGCAGCAGUCUCACCCAUAACGUUGACGCUCCCAGCCGCCUCAGAAACCGAUCAUUCACAAGCCGACAUUCCCCUUCUCGCUACUUUCUGCUGGAGCUACGCAGUGUGAGGCACGUAACGUCACACGGGCUUAACGGCUCUACGCAGGGAGAAUGACGUAAACUCUACGUGAAUCACAGAGGGAGGAACACUCUCAUCUCGCGAGAAUAUGUAAAUCUUUUCAGUAUCAACGCGUUCUCGCGAUAAUGAACCCUACAAGAAGUUUAUUUUUAUUUAUUUAUUUUGACAAGGGAGUAAAAUGUGAACACAGUACAGAAUUACAAGUAAUACCCUUUUUAUUUUAUUGUUUAUGUUUUUUGUCUCUGCAUUGAAAGGUAAUUAGCAAUAAACUACACAAAAUCCAUAAACUUAAUAAGAAUUUCUCCAAACAAAACAUUAAAAUGUAAUUUAAUUUGUACAUUGUCUGGUUGCCAGUAAACCAUUCAAGUACACUGCACUAAAAAAAGGUAUUUAAUAAAUAAACAAGGGAAUGAGUUAGAAUAAUCAAAUCAUAUAAAUGUAUUCGAAAUAAUAAGACAACAUAGUUUUAUACAAUUACAUGAUGUGAACGUAGAUUUUUCAGAUAAGACCUCGUUUGUUGGCAAGUAGCAGUUUAUUUAUUUUAAUAUAAAGUUUAUUUUGAGUCUGUGGUCCUUUUUUUUAACUCAACGUCAUUUCAGCGUCAACGUCAACGUACCUGUUGAUGGAAUGCGAACAGCGUCUGUUGUCUCCAUGGCAACCAAGACUCCGUAAUGCUGCUAACUUGGACUGGUUGAAAAUGCAGCGGAGCUUUGCAUUAUCUUGUCUUAUUUGUUAUAGUAAGGAGGGUUUGCUGUUCCCGGAAUAAAAACCAGCCUCUAUUUCUAAGACUAAGGAUAUUCAAUUAAACAAAAUGUGUAUUUUUGUAGGCAAAAUAUUCUAAUUUACGACGCAGGAUCAAUGGUAAGAGGCGAUUGACUCGAUAGCUAUAAACUUCCUCAAGCAAAACUUGCUAACCUUCUUAUUUUCAGUUGGAUUUUUAAAUAUCUGUGUUAAGCAAGCCAAAAUAUAGGCUAAUGCUGUGCCACAAAUGUUUUAAGUUGAGCCCAGUACUCCUGGAAACAAAUGGGGGAUGCUGAAAAUGUCCACAAAAAAUAGACAAGGGGAAAAACUGCCCCUGAAAUCCAGAGGAAUCCAGACUAGGGAAUCUCAUGAUCUCAGAAGGCUUCAGUCCCUGCUUGCCAAAAUCAGCCCCAGACAAGAGGUGGCAGCGCUGAGUCACAGUAAAGCACGCAGCGGUGGAGCCAGCAGAUCUCAAGGCCUGUAUCCUCCCAAAGACACCAACAGACUGAGGAGGGAGAAUGACGUCAACAGUGAGGCUGCUGAACUGGAAAAAUUCAGCAUCACUUACAAAGACCAGCGAUGUUUCAGCAGCCACCCUCUGCGUACAUUGUUCUCUGACGUCCUCACAUCUUUGGUCAAGAACCGACUCUGCAGUGAGUGGAUUGACCACGCACUGCCUGAGUCUGUCCUCAGAGUUCUGAUGUGCCUGAGAUUAUUGAUCAGAGAUCCUCAGCAUCAGAAAAUCCUCCACCAGCUGCAAGGCAUCAACUUACUUGCCAGGUAUAUGGAGUCUGUCACUUCCAUGUACAUAUCUUGUGGUGAGCAGGCGUUUGCGGAGCAGAAACUGGUCACAAUGACAUACAUGUUUCAGAAGCUGUCUGCUGCUGAAAAUCAAAGAGUCUGCAUCAUCCAGAGCGGCGCUCACAGGACUCUGGUGAAGCUCCUCUCCACAACAGACAGCCGUGUGCUGCUGGGGGCCCUGCUGGCUCUCACGACAUUGUCUGAGAGCCCUGAAUGCAAGGAGGAGAUUGGCCAGCUGCCAAUAGUGGAGAACUUGCUCGUGAUACUGCAGGAAUAUGACCUGCUGUCCAAGAGAAUGAGUGCAGAGCUGCUGAGGCUCCUGUCCCCUGUGAGGCAGGUGAGGGACCAGGUGAGGGAGCUGGAGGGUCUGCCUGUUCUGCUGAGUCUGCUGUACAGUCAGCACCUGAAGCUGCUGUGGAGCAUCAGCUGGGUCCUGGUCCAGCUCUGCGAGGAUCCAGACACCAGAGCAGAGAUACGGAGCUGGGGCGGGGUACAGCAUCUUCUGAGACUGCUCAAAAGCGACAGGCAGUUCGUCUCUGACCGCUCGUCCAUCGAGACGCUCUCCAGUGCCAACGCAGCCGGCCGCAUCCAGAGAGAGCACAUCAGAGAGGAGCUGAGCCUGCAGGAGGAGGCCGACAACUCUGUGGCCCUGCAGUCAGCCUGCUGUACUGUUCUGACUGAGCUCUGUCUGGACGACACAUCUGCUCACCACAUUGUGCUGGAAAAUGGAGUCUACAUAAUUGCAAAGUUGAUUUUACCAAACAAUGCAGGAUCCAAGUUCUCAUCUUUACAGUGCUAUGCGUUCCGGACCCUCCGGUUUCUCUUCAGCGUGGAAAGAAACAGACAUUUAUUUAAGAGACUCUUUCCCACAGACCUCUUUGAGAUGUUUAUUGAUGUUGGACAUUAUGUUCGGGACCUCACGGCCUACGAGGGACUGCGAACCAAAGUCUUUCUCUGCACUGAAGAGGAACUGGACAGCCUGAGAGAGAGCAUCGAGGCUGUGGACCAGAACCGUCCUCCCCUUAAAGUCAUCAAUUGUUACUUCAUACUGGACCAUCUGGGCACCGGGGCCUUCGGGAGCGUCUUUAAGGUCCGAAAACAGGGCGGGCAGAACCUGCUGGCUCUGAAAGAAGUGAACCUCCACAACCCGGUGUUCGGCAAAGACAAGAAGUCCAGAGACAGUAACGUGGACAAAAUCAUCUCCGAGCUCACGAUCAUCAAAGAACAGAUGACACACCCAAAUGUUGUCAAAUAUUACAAGACAUUUCUGGAAGGUGAGAAGCUUUACAUCGUGAUGGAGCUGAUCGAGGGAGUGCCGCUGGCUGAACAUUUUAACUCUCUGAAGGAGAAGCAGCAGCAGUUCACAGAAGACAGAAUCUGGAAUAUUUUCAUACAGAUGUGUCUUGCGUUGAGGUAUCUGCACAAAGAAAAGAGGAUAGUCCACCGCGACCUCACACCAAACAACAUCAUGCUGGGGGAAAAGGACAAAAUCACCAUCACUGACUUCGGCCUGGCUAAGCAGAAAGAGGAGAACAGCAAGCUGACGUCGGUGGUCGGCACAAUCCUUUACUCCUGUCCAGAGGUGGUGAAAAAUGAGCCGUAUGGAGAGAAGGCUGACAUCUGGGCUUUGGGCUGUAUCCUGUACCAGAUGGCCGCUUUACAGCCUCCGUUCUACAGCAGCAACAUGCUGUCACUGGCCAACAAGAUUGUUGAGGCCCAAUAUGAGCCUGUUGAGGAGGGAGCGUUCUCAGAGAGAGUCACAGACAUGAUCAGAUGGUGUUUGAGUCCAGAUGCAGAGCAGCGUCCCGACAUCCAGGCCGUCAGCUCCAGCAUCUCUGACCUCAUGAUGAGGCUCAUGGACGGACUCUACACGUCCCAGAAUGCACUGGAAAGGAGAGCGGAGAGAGACAGGAAACGAGCGCAGAAGUACUUUCUGGAAAAGCAAAGAAGCAGGACGAGCUGCUGUCAGUCGUACAUGUGUCAGGAACAGUCCCUCAUAAAUAAUGACACUCCGACUCCUCGCACUUCAGCAGCCUGCAGCUCAAAUCACAGCGAGCAAAAUAUCGGAGUAAAGUCGAGGGACAGUGUGACACCUGACCAAACUGAGUCCAUUGGGGAUUAUGUAAUGACAAAUGAUAAACCAAGACCAGUGUCUGCAGGGAUCUGUGUGUCUCAGAAAAAGCUCCGUCAGAUCGAUGAUCCCAUUCAGAGACUGCUCGUGCAGCUGCACAAAAUCAUCUUCAUCACUCAGCUUCCACCAUCUCCGCAGCAUGACAUCAAGCGGCGGGUCGUUGAAAGAUUUAAAAAGUCGCUCUUUCACUGUGGGAGCGAUCCAUACAACCUGAAGGCGGAGCUAAGCCAGCUCCUGCAGGCUUCUCCAGAGCUGAUGGAGUUAACCUCCACCGGUUCAGACUGGUGGCCUCUGGUCCAACACUUCACAGGAGACCCACAUUAUGCUGACAACACAGGAGACGUGAAUCUCAAAGAUGGAGUCACCUAUCAGCAGAUGCAGGUGAUCAUUGAGGAGCUGCUGGAGGAGAGCAGAUACUUCGAGAAAAUACACAGCAGGGUCCCAGAGAGAAGAAAUGACCAAGGAAACAAAUGACUCUGAUCAUCAUCCAUCCUCAGACGUUAGUUUAACCUGCAGCUGGAAACAAACACAAACAUGUUCCAGCGUGUUUACAUUUUCAGGAAGAAUAUUUAUUUGGGGGCGAUUUUUUUUAUUAGAUAGGACAGCUGAAGAGAGGCAGAAAAUGUUAGGAGGAGAGAGAGUAAGGGGUGACAUGCAGCAAAGGGCGAAGGUUAAAUUCAAACCCAAGGUAACCGGCUGUUGGCACCCCCAUCAAGCUGUGUUAAUGAGAAUUUUGCACGUUGACUUGAAUUGUUAAUAACCUCAAUUCAAAACCUCUUCCUCUGUAAUUUAUAACAAACAUAACUGUGAAAAUUCAUCAGUCCAUCCAUCCAUUAUCUUAACCGCUUUUCCUGUGCAGAUCGCGGGGGGCUGGAGCCGAUCCCAGCUGUCAAUGGGCGAGAGGCGGGGUUACACCCUGGACUGUUAGCCAGUCAAUCACAGGGCUGACAUACAGAGUCAACCAGCCACACUCACAUUCACACCUACGGGCAAUUUAGAGUCACCAGUUAACUUAACAAGCAUGUUUUUGGACUGUGGGAGGAAGCCGGAGUACCCGGAGAGAACCCACACAUGCACAGGGAGAACAUUCAGACUCCACACAGAGAGGUCCUGUCAGACGGGGAUUCAAACCAGGAACCUCCUUACCACUGCACCACCGUGCAGCCAUAACUGUGAAAAUUAAAGACUUAUGUUUAGUUAUUUCAUGAAUUAACAGCUCCACAGUUCGGCCUAUAAAAUGCUGAAAAUGUUUCCAACUCUUAAGACCUCUAACGAAGCAGCAGAUACAGAAAAGAGUGUGUUUGGAAGAAGGAAGUGUUUGGCAUUUUAACUUAACUUAAUCUACGGUCACAGUAGUUGCAUUUUAAUGAGUUGAUUAAUAAGCUCACCUCACACCUUUUUGUUUCUCAGGGAUUUAAAUCUUGUAUACGUUUGUUGUGAUGAAGAAUCUUCAGAGACUUUUAAAACUGCACUGUGCAUGUGUGUGUUUGAAAGUCAUGUUGAAGCUGUGUGUGUGUGUGUGUGUGUUUUUGUUUGUUUAGUCCUCGAUAAGAUAAUCAUAACAAAGUGAACCGGCCUGUGACCUGCACGUAGACACUGACACGACGAGUAACUCCACCGCCAUCAUCAUCAUCACCCCGAGCUUUUUAUCUGUCGGGUUCGGCUCCUCCGUCUGUAAAGCUCUCACUUUUGUUUUGUCAGGUUUGUCUGACUGUCGUGUUUUUAAUACUCAGGAGGACUCAGACUGUUUGAUUGUUUUAAGUCCGCUCUGCAGGACUGCUCGUCACUGUGUGUUUUAAAUGGACGUGAGCCAAAAUGUAGUCGUUUACUUCACCUUCAAAGAGCUGCAGCUUUUGCAGACAGUGAGAAAAAAAGGUCAGAUGUUUGGAUUCGUUUCCACAUUUUGCUGAACUUUAACUUAAUCAACAUGCACUUUGAAUUUCUGUUCUCAUUUUCAAUUUAUUUACCAUUUGAAAACAUGCUUCAGUGUGUAUUUUCACUGUCAUGUUGAGCUGUAGAGGGCAGCAGAGGACACUUUCCCAUGCACUUUGAUCCAAAAGGGAUUCUUUACUGUCAUCUGUAUUUUUUAAAAAGCUGUUUUUAAAUGAUCUGCUGAAUAAAAACUAUUUAAUUCACA